UUUCCAGUCUCCUGCGACAGAUGCUUCUCGAUUACCAUCCCUUGGAAAAGUUUAGUUUAAAGUUGGUGUUCCGACAGAAUGCAAGCCCUACAAUCUAUACGAAAGUCAAAUAUUUAUUUAUUUGUUAUCAUUUAUUUAUCAUUUUUUCUUGACAAUGUGCUUCUUACUGUAGUUGUUCCAAUUAUUCCUGAUUAUUUAUUCUCAAACCAACUUAAAGCUGAUUCGAGACUGGGUCUUAAGUCAUUAAGUCCUCUGCAGGAAAAAUUUGAAGUUUUAGAGAACGAUAAUGGGCCUUUAGGAACUCUUCUAGCAUCGAAGGCUUUUGUCCAGUUGGCUUUUACUCCCUUCAUUGGUUAUCUCACUGAAACUGUGGGUUGUUGCAUACCAUUGCUACUAGGAUCGUGUAACAUGCUUGUGGCUGCAAUUUUGUUUGCUUAUGGUAACUCAUAUGGUGUCCUAGUUCUAGCAAGGGCUCUCCAUGGUAGUUCUUCUGCAGCAAUAGCAGUGAGUGGUAUGUCAAUUCUAGCAAAAAACGUCUCUCAGGAGUUAAGAGCAAAACUGAUGCCUCUUGCUUUUGGAGGUAUAGCACUUGGAGUUUUGAUUGGUUACCCACUUGGAGGAGCCGCUUAUCAACUACUUGGAAAAUCAGCCCCGUUUUUAUUGAUUGCGUUUUUAAUAUCAGUCAGCAUUGUUCUUCAGAUAUUGUAUAUUGAGGAUGGUACAAAUGAUGUUAUAAUUGAUGAAAUUAACUGUAGUCAAUUUAUAAGUCUUUUGCAAGACAAGCAAAUAAUAAUUACAACUUUUACGAUUUGUAUUUGUACUUCUACAAUGGCAAUUUUGGAACCUUGUGUACCUAUGUGGUUAUUGGCCCAUUUGAAUCCUCCGCCAUCACGAUGGCAGUUAGGGGCUGUUUUUAUACCGGAUAGUGUUGGUUAUUUUAUCGGAUCUCAUUUUGCUGGUCUUCUUCCUAUUGCGCCUUGGCGAAUAGCUUUCAGUGCAUUGGUUCUCGCAGGUUUAAGCUGUUGCGCUUUGCCUUUAGCCGUCUCCAUUUAUCAACUAUCGAUUCCCCAUUUCGGACUUGGACUAAGUGUGGGCGCUGUAGACGCAGCCCUAGUUCCAUAUUUAGCUAAUUUAGUUGACAGUAAAGGGAGCAAUCAGUACGGAACAGUUUACGCCCUUCAACAAGUUUUUGUCAGCUUGGCUUAUGCUUUUGGCCCUUUAUUAGGAGGACAUGCUGUGCGUGUUUUAGGCUUUCCGUGGUUAAUGAGACUGAUUGGGUUUAUGAAUUUGAUGUUUUGUCCAUUAUUGUUGGAAUUAGAGAAGGAUCCUAAAGUUGGUUUGCUUGACGAUGUCUACAAUACUCCAAAAUCGUACUCCACACUUGAUAAUACUUACUCAUCUUUAGAGGAAGAAACUUACUAAACUGUGUGUUGUAUCUUGAUUGUUAUUCCUCGUGAAAUUUAUUCGGCCAAUUUAUUCGUAAAUCUGAUGUAAUAAAUUGACAGUGUUUGA